AUUCCCCCUUGUUUAUUUCAUCUCGAGUCAGUGGAGAACAUCAACACACGCGUCAAUUUGAGUUCCACAAGUAUAUCUUUUAGAUUUAUUUUUUAUUUUUUUUAUUAAGUUUUCAACAUGCCCCCCACAAGAGACCCCUACCCCUAUCCGAAGUAUGAAAAUGAUGACGUGUACCUCGGUAGAGAAAGGAGCCGCUCGAAGAAAGUUCCACACCCCAAACCCACCCACUUGGCGCAGCAAGAGGACCCCUGGAACCGCCUCAACGCAAGAGCCACCCUGGCCAGCGCCAGGAGAGAAAUAUUUCACUUCGACCACGAGGCUCCGAGAGACAGUUUGGAUUUCCAUCUGAAGACCACCUACAACCAGCAUGAGGAGUUCCUCAGAGACAAGAAUGAGACCCUCUAUCAGAAAGAAACCAUCAGCGAUGACCACGGCAGAAUAUUGAAGAAUCGAGUGAAAGAACCACCUGGCCCACCAGAACUCCAAAGAACUCCCAUCAGGGUCUGGACGAACCCCCAGAAUGAAUCCAUCCACAGUAUACACGGAGCUGUAGAAAGCCAUCACAACGCAUCUACGAACCGGGGCUACUCCAGGAAGCACGAUGGCGGCUUUUAUUCAGUUUAAUAACAAUCGAUCAAGUGUGCUUGGAGUGUAUCGGUAGAGCUUGUUUCUUCCCCUGCCACGCAUGCACUGUAGAUUAUGUAAAGCGUGCUGCUGCUUCACUCGAAGCAUGUUGUUUUGCUACUCUGACACGUCUGUAAUAAUAAACACUGUGAACACGGCAUGUUUUGAGAGUGCAUUUUGUACAACACGUGAUUAUGCAGCGCCUGCACAGGUGCGUGAAUUAUUAAAACCAGGAUUAGAACUUC